AGCGCGACGAACGACGACGCGAGGUUAAAGUUUUGCGUCACGUGCCAACUCUGGCGACCGCCGAUGGCGACGCACUGCGCGACAUGCAACGUGUGCGUGCGAAGGUUCGACCAUCACUGCGGCGUGAUCGGGAACUGCGUCGGUGAGUACAACCAUAGUUGGUUUCUGGCCCUC